AUGGACCGAUCGGACGAUUCAGCGGAGGUGACAGAACCUCUUAUUAGCCCAACGACUCGCAGUAACCCAGGAGGAGUGUCGGAACGAGCCAAAGCAAUCCUCAGUUUAGCGCCCUAUGCACUGUGGGUGUUCCCUCCGCUUGGGAUUAUCGCUGGCCUUUUUCAUUGGGAGCCAUGGCUUGUUUUGAUCUUGAACAUCAUCGCGAUUAUCCCGCUCUCUUCUUUGGUUUCCUCAGCCUCGGACGCCCUGUCUGAUCACCUUGGAGAAUUGGCCGGUGGAGCAGUGAACGCGACGGUCGGCAAUGCGGUGGAAUUGACGACCAGUGUGUUGGGCCUUAGCCAUGGCGAGAUAGUAUUUGCGCAGUCCGUCAUGAUAGGGAGUAUCCUGUCAGACGUUCUGUUGAUUCUCGGAGCCUGUUUGGUAUCGGCUUCGUACAACAAGGACGUUCAGUCCUUCAAUCCUGCCGUGGUGCACUCGCUAUCCUCAUUGAUGAUGAUCACGGUGGUGACCAUCAUCCUCCCGACAGCGCUCUACUCGAUUUUCCCUAAGACCAAUCUCGACGACAAAAUCUUAUCAUUUUCUCGUAGCACCGCUGUCAUCCUCCUUGCUCUUUACUUUGGAUACCUUUACUUCCACUUAUCCACUCACCGACAUCUCUUUGAAUCAGAAGACGAAGAUGACGAACCAGACAACACUGAAAGUUCCCCUACCCCAAGCCCCAGCUACAUCGCCUCGACCGUCAAACUGGCCUUUGCCACCCUCGGGACCGUCUUCUGCAGCUACCUCGUCUUCGACAGCAUCGAAGGAACCGUCGCAACCACAGGGAUCACAAGAACCUUCAUCGGGGCCGUUCUCAUCCCGGUGGCAAGUAACAGUCCCGAAGGGACCGCGGUCAUCAUGGCCGUCCAAGGCGGCCAGGCAAAUUUCGCCGUCGGCGUCAUCGUCGACAGUAUUCUCCAGAUCGGCUUGUUCAUGAUCCCUGUUCUAGUCAUCUUGGGAUGGUUCCUCAACCAGCCCAUGUCCCUGGAUUUCGAGGAUUGGCACACGGCCAUCCUUUUUCUGUCCGCGCUUGUCGUCGAUCAGCUGCUUCAGGACGGAAAGUAUACCUACGCCCAAGGGAUCAUGUUGAUUGCUUUGUAUGCUGUUUUCGUCACCACCAUCUACCAGUUUGGGAUGUAG